AGGCGCCGCCCCAGUCUUCGGGCCUCUCCGGAGCGCGGUGAUGGUUGCCCAGGGAGGAGUGGAGCUGCAACGAGCAGCCUCCGGCCUGGCAGUUCACAGCAAAUCCGAGAAUGUUAUUCAUUAAAGCAUGGGAUACAGAAAACAACGAAAAACUUCAUCCAAGGCUUUAAUAAGGUCAGCUGAAAAUCUACAGGUGUGUGUCUUAUAAGCAGGAUAUGGCAAAAUUUUAGGCCAGUCUGAGAGUCCUGUUUUUCAGUAAACAUUUUGAACAUUAGUUUUGAUAACUACCUACUACUGAAUGUUCAGUUGGUGAAACUGAAUGUCUUUCACUCAGAAGGAAUAAAUCAAAGAGAAGCUCCUGCAAUUCGUGUGCUUCCAAGCGGCUGUGGAUGGCCCUGGCUCCCUCGACCGUCCUUCCAAGUAGGAUGUCACUGAGGUCCCUCAAAUGGAGCCUGCUGCUGCUGUCUCUCCUGAGUUUCCUGGUGAUGUGGUACCUCAGCCUUCCGCACUACAAUGUGAUCGAACGUGUGAACUUGAUGUACUUCUACGAGUAUGAGCCCAUCUACAGACAAGACUUCCGCUUCAUGCUCCGAGAGCAUUCCAACUGCUCCCAUCAGAACCCCUUUCUGGUCAUCCUGGUGACCUCACACCCCUCCGAUGUGAAAGCCAGACAAGCCAUUAGAGUUACCUGGGGGGAGAAAAAGUCUUGGUGGGGAUACGAGGUCCUCACGUUUUUCCUGUUAGGCCAGCAGGCUGAAAGGGAGGACAAAAUGUUAGCCCUGUCCUUAGAGGAUGAGCACCUUCUUUAUGGUGACAUAAUACGGCAGAAUUUUUUAGACACAUAUAAUAACCUGACCUUGAAAACCAUCAUGGCGUUCAGGUGGGUGACUGAGUUUUGCCCCAACGCCAAGUACGUCAUGAAGACAGACACUGACGUUUUCGUCAAUACCGGCCAUUUAGUGAAAUACCUUUUAAACUUAAACCAUUCAGAAAAGUUUUUCACAGGCUAUCCUCUAAUUGAUAAUUAUUCCUAUAGAGGAUUUUAUCAAAAACCUUAUAUUUCAUACCAGGAGUAUCCUUUCAAGGUGUUCCCCCCCUACUGCAGUGGGCUCGGUUACAUCAUGUCCAGGGAUUUGGUGCCAAGGAUUUAUGAAAUGAUGGGGCACGUAAAACCCAUCAAGUUCGAAGAUGUUUAUGUUGGGAUCUGCUUGAAUUUAUUAAAAGUGGACAUUCAUAUUCCAGAAGACACAAACCUUUUCUUUUUAUACAGAAUCCAUUUGGAUGUCUGUCAACUCAGACGUGUGAUCGCAGCCCAUGGCUUCUCCUCCAAGGAGAUCAUCACAUUUUGGCAGGUUAUGCUGAGGAACACAACUUGCCACUAUUAACUUCAGUUCUGCCAGUGCCUAGGGAGGACAGGAUGCCUGGGGCGUGUCAAAACCCAUGGGAAAACCCACGGCAAGGUCAGUGUUCUGGCUUACACUGAACUGAAACUCACGAAGAACCCCGGGGAUGGAGGCUGGAGGGUUACACUUCGGUUGUGACUUACUUUGACACAAACACAUCAAGUCAGGCCCUUUAAAGAGGAUGUCGAGAGGAAUUAAAUAUCUUAGAAAGGUAUUGGAGGGUUUUGUUAAUAAAAACUUAAUAGGCCAAACAGUUUGGGACAUAUCAUUCUGUAGACUAGAGUUUCUUAAAAGGAUUUCACCGAAUUACAAGUUCAUUAGUACAUAACAGCAAAGCAGUGUGGAAUUGUAUUAGUGAACAAGCUAGUCAAUUAAGGGUUUUGUGUCUAUUACACAUGAAUUACUAAUUUAAAAAUAUAGAUCGUUCUGUGUGAAGAACUUCACUGGAGUUAUACUGAAAAAAUCUCAUUGUUUUUGGUCAUUUAAAAGGUGUUUCGAGAUGUCAGUAUUUCAGAGUUAUUAUUUACAGUUACUUAGACCUUCUGGAUAUUUACAUGUUAUGGUGGUUUCAGUACUGUAUAAAUGGAGUAGUGAAUCGUUCUUUACAUUUGAACUUUGUUGUGAUUAUUUAACUGAUCAGUCUAUUAUUGAUAGCCCCAUCAAAGUAAAGUUAUUGGUCAUUUUUACAUAUCAGAAAUCUCUUGGACUUGGUUAAAUAUUUUACUGUGGUAAUACAGAGAACUAAACCAAGAAAAUCUGAACUCUAGUCUUGUUUUAAAACUUACGAUCUUCCGUGUUUUUAGAUGUCACUUCAUCUGUCUUGUUUUUAUACCUGGAAAUUAGGAAUAAUGUCGAAGGCCUAGGCAGUGUGUUUCCAAAGGAAAAAGCGCUGAAGGAAUAAAGAAGGGAGAGCAAGCGCCUGGUGGCCGGACUGUUGGGAACAGAGGGUGUAUUCCAGUAUUUGAGUUGUAAAGAGGACUGAAGAUCCAAAUUCCAUUAUGAGUCUAUUCCAUGUGUUUUCUCAUUACUGAUCAGUUUGUGAAUAAAAAGGAAAAGAAAAAAAA